AUGUUUAGUGAGACAGUCAAGUCCAAGAUCAAAAAGUUCGAUGUCUAUCGAAAGCUUCCUCAAGAUCUAACUGAGCCUACUUUAUCAGGAGCUUUUGUAUCAAUUAUAGCCUGCGCCUUUAUGACCUUACUUUUCUUAACUGAGCUCGCUGAAUAUCUCAAAGUUAGCACUAACACAGAAAUGUUCGUUGAUAUUAACCGAGGUGGCGAAAAAUUGGUCAUAAACAUAAAUAUAGCAUUCCCAAGGUAUCCUUGUGGCCUUAUUUCUUUGGAUGCUCAGGAUAUUAUGGGUUCACAUGUAGUUGAUGUAGGAGGAUCGAUGAAAAAAAUUAGGCUAAGCUCGGAUGGGAAAUUUAUUGAGGAAGAGGAUUUGUUUGAAAAAGAACACAAAGAAGAAUCAGGGGUGAAUUUACAAGAAAUUAAAAAGCAGCUAGAUAAUAAGGAAGGGUGCCAAUUAAUAGGACACAUUUUGGUGAAUAAAGUACCUGGAAAUUUCCACGUGUCAAGUCAUGCUUUUCAUAAUCAAAUGCAUUCAAUUAUUAUCGGCGACAAUUCAAAAUUGGAUUUAUAUUUUUUUUAAAUUUUUUUUUUAUCUAAAAUAAAUAAUUAUUUAUAGUUAGUAUUCUGCCAAGAUUGGAUUUAUCACAUGUUAUUAACCAUUUAUCAUUUGGAAGCAAUAAAGAUCUUGAGUUUAUUAAAACCCAUUUUGAAGAAGGAGUUUUAAACCCUCUUGAUGAGCUAAAAAGAAUAAGACCAGAUGGAGUCAGAGAUGCGUUGUCAUAUGAAUAUUACAUUAAAGUCGUACCAACCACUUAUCAGACCUUAGAAGGCGAAGAGUUCUUCGUACAUCAAUUUACUGCUAAUACCAAUGAAUAUUCCGCUCAAGGAAUGCCAGCUGUCUUUUUCAGGUACGAUUUAAGUCCAGUUACAGUAAAAUUCUCUCAAACCAAAGAAAGCUUUUUCCAUUUCAUUGUUCAAGUCUGUGCCAUAGUUGGAGGCGUAUUCACUGUUGCUGGACUUAUUGAUAAUUUACUCCACACUUCAAUAUCAAAAAUUCUUAGAAAAAGAGAUGCAGGCAAACUAGGAUAA